UUCCCCUCAGCCUUUACGUCACACCCCUGCGACCGCCUGGGACCUUUUAUCCUGAGGCGACGCCUAUUGACGUCACGAGGGCGCCCAAUUGGCGGCAUUUUGGAAUCGAGGGAUGCGCUCCUCUUCUCUUUGAGAGCCAUGUCGACCCUGUCUGCUUUCUGCAAGCUCCCGACGCUUAACUCCGCCACCAUUUUGUUGGUGGGAACAAAUGAUGUUUUCCAGCAGCAGCUAGCAGAGACAAUUCUUAAGGAAAAACAAGACUUAAAAAUAAAUAUCCACUUGACAUCCUCUCUCCCUUUACCUGCUGAGAGAGAUCACAUCCGGCCCAGGAUUGAUCUGAUUGUCUUUAUCAUUGACAUUCAGAACAAAUACAGUUUUAAGGAUGUCGAAACUUCGCUGUUACAUGUCGAUGCCAACUUUUUCCUUGGUAAAGUGUGCUUUCUUGCCACAGGUGUUGGUAGAAUGAACCAAAUCAGUGUGGAUAUGAAUGCUGUCUUGAAGCUGGCAGAUCGUUACUGUAGCCCUGUUCUGUUCUGUGAGCUGGAAUGUGAGAAGAUCAGAACUGCCACAGCACAGAGGCUUCUCCGGAUGCUGCAGAUAUGUAAUGGUCAUGUGCCGGGAGUGUCUGCCCUCUCCUUCAGUUCCCUAAUGAAAAAUUCAAUUGAUGAUUCUAGUUUCAUUUCCUAAAUAUAUUACUUUUUCAGAAAAUGGUUUCUAAAUUAACAGAAGUGCACUUGUACUUUUUAAGGGAGGAACUGCAAACAUUUUCAAAACAUGCAUCAUAUAGUUAUACAUUUUUCAAAUACAAGAUUUUAGUAACAAUUCUAACAUGGGACAGGAAAUGGAGAGUAGGUAUGUUUGUACAAAAUCUUUAAUGUCAUGCAUUCAGAAACAAAGGUUUACAAUCAAAUAGUGGAUAAGUAUACACAGGUAAGGCAGCUAAAUGUAAAACUCCACUGUAUUUCCAGAACAGAUGGGGUACGCCUUUUAAUCCCAGAAGUGCAACUGCUUUUACAUACAAGAGACUGCCAUCUGAUGUCUUGGGUACUAUUGUAAAGACGGAGAAGCUACAAACAGACAUAAUAAUAAAUAAUAAAACUUUUAUUUGUACCCCACUUUUCUGCUACAGAAGCAAUCAAAGUGGCUUACAUGAUUAAAAGACAGUCAAUAUACACUACAUAGUUUGUACAGUACUAUAUCGUAACACACACACCCUUAAAAAAGGAUUAAACACAUUACAAUUUAAAAUCAAUUGUUAAAAUACUGAUAAUAAUCUACUGGAAAUACAGGUAUUAACUUAACAUCUCUCGUCACCCCUCCUUCCUUCUCCCUUUGGAGUUCCGUUUUGAGAGGUUAACAAAUAGCCCCUUACAAGUCCUUGUAUCCCAGUCUUCCCCGACUUGGAUAUCUUCACCACAAAGCUGGCAAAUUGAGGAUAUCGGCUUGCAGAAGCUGAAAAAAUGGUGCCAAGCGCCUCUGCGGACAAACCAGAAGUCUCAUGUACAGUAUAUCAAAAUGCGCUGGAGAGCUAGUAGUUUCUAACAAUGUUGUUUUGCUGAGUAAAGCAGAGUUCUAGUAAUAACAAAUAGAGCAGAUAAUUAGCAGCAGAAGAUACUGUUAAUGGUCUUUUUGAUGGAAAAUGACCAUCCAACCAGACUAUCCAAUACAUCUAUUGUCUGUGUUAUUUAUGUUUACAAAUAAAAUAGUAAAACAGCUCAUAUUUCACUUACUACAAAUAUGUGGGGGCUGAAAAUAAAAUACACAACUUAAUGUAGGGUCAGCAGUAGUUUGAAAAGGACACAAAUAGCACAAGAACUUUUAAUGUCUUAAUAUAUAAAAUAAUUGCACUGGAAAAUACACACACACACACACACCACUUCCAGUGUUUUGCUUUCCUGCUUGACUUCCUGAAACUAAGGAUUUCUUAAGUUAUGGGUAGCUUGAAAUAUUGUUUUAGCUUUAGUGACAAGUGAAGGAACUUGAAAGCAACUGGAAUAUAUUGUAAUGGCAAUACAGGUGUUGAGUCUGUUGUUAUGAAAUGGUGGGUUUAUGUGCAUACUUUAAUCCUGCAAAUCUGAUUGUAUUAAUCUGACUAAAAUAUUUGUCACCAUGAGAUAAAGGAAUCUGAAUCUGUUUAUUUUGUUACUGGCACAUUUUAAAUUUUUGGUCUGAAUAACAACUUAAGGGAGAUGUACAUAAUGUAUGGAUUUCUUUAAGAAUUCUGGGCCUUUUUUUUAAGGGCUAAACCUUCACAAGUAAUUUAUUUAAUAUACAUUAAAAACCAUAUGGUAUAUAAAA